CGCCAACCAACAACACACAUCCACCCUCGGCACAUGAGCAGGCCAUCAUGAUGCGCAAGCAGCGCCCGACAUUCACGACGGCCGAGCUUGAGCUCCAGCUUCAGCAGAUCACGCUGGACCCAGCCUCGGGCGCCUCGGAGAACUUUGAGGCGCUCGCGCCCCUCAUCAAGACCAUCCAGGAUACCGACAGCGAGCAGCUCUACCUCGGAAGUUUGGAUAGAUUUGUUGGAGAGAAGGAGAAGGAGAUAGAGAAGAUCUGCGAGGACAACUAUGAGGACUUUGUCAAGUCGGUACUAGCGCUGUCGUCGGUCAGGCAGGGGACGGGGCAACUACGCAAGCGCAUUGGAGAGCUUGAUGUGCAGAUGGGAGAUGUGGGCCGCGGGCUUGGGAAGAAGAAACGCGCGCUCCUGGAGCAGAAAAAGGUCGCGCGGAACAUGGACGAUGCGAUCGAGACGCUUCAGACCUGUCUUCGCCUCCUCGACCUUGUGCACCGUGUUGGCGAGAUGAUCCGGCAGGGCAAGUACUGGGGAGCACUCCGCAUGAUUGAGGACUUGUCCCACCUUCCUCCACCGGCCAUCUCCAGUACACCCUUCUACCUGCACUUGGUGUCCUCUUUACCGUCGCUUCGUUUAAGCAUCAAGGACGCCGUGACGGCCUCAGCCAAGUCGUGGCUGUUUGACAUUCGCGAGGCGAGCGCAUUAGUUGGCAAACUCGCGCUUGAGCAGAUGGGAAACCGCAUCAAGCGUUGGCGCCUGAAGCGUGAGAAGGACGGGAGUGCGCGCUUCGCCCGCAUUGGAGGGGCCCUCGAGCUCGUCAACAACGAGCGUGCCGAGUUCAACGCCCUUGACAAUGAGCAGAUCUGCAUCGACUUCAAGCCUCUUUAUCAGUGUAUCCACAUUUACGAGGCACUCGAGUGCAAGGCUGAGCUGCAGCGCAACUACCAGGAGGAUCGCAAGACUCAAGCCAACCUCAUCCUCGCAUCGCGCUCGGCCUCAUCGCCCGAGACAUUAAUGACCUCCCUUCCCGAGUUGAUGCAGGAGCUCGUCGGCUUCUUCAUCAUCGAAGCACACGUUCUCCGAACUGUCCCAGACUUCCGAUCUCAGCGCGACGUCGACGAUCUCUGGGACGAGAUGUGCCGCCGCAUCAUCAGCAUUGUGGGCCUCGGCCUCAAGGGCUGCAGCAAGCUUGAGGUCUUCUUGGAGAGCAAGAAGCAUAUCCUACUCUUCGUGCAAACAUUGGAGGGUUAUGGCUAUGACAUCUCGGAACUGAACGGGUUGUUGAUAACGCUGUUUGAGCGCUACUCUGAGCUGCUCCUCCGAACGUUUGGCGCCGACUUUGAUCAUAUUGUUGCUGAGGACGACAACCAGCCAAUGAUGGUCAACGAUCAGCGAGAGUUUGACCAAGUGUCUGGCGUGUGCUGGCUGGCACCAGGAGAAGCGGAGUCUUUAGCUAUAAACGGCUUCCCCCAACCCAUGCCCUUCUCGCAGACGUUCCCAAUGUGCUGCAUCAACAUCCGCAAUUUCGUAGAGCAAUUCUACCAGUUCACGGACGGCGUCUCGCAGCAUCAUGUCGAUCUGGAUGAGGUGCUACGGAAAUCGUUAGAUGGCCUCCUCACCAACCAUGUCAGCAGGCAGAUGGCGCAGCGCGUCAAGGCCAUGUCCAAUCUGUCGCAGAUUGCGCAGGUCGUGGUCAACACGGAACACUUCCUGGUGGCGUGCGACGAGUUAGAGACGGUUCUUAUGGGCCUUCGAGCCACGCAGCGUGGGGGCCCUGUCAAGAUGGCGUCGGCGUCUUCUUUCGCCGAUACUCUGAAGCUCGCGCAGAGCCGCAUUGACGCCGUGAUCACUUCCAAGCUUGAGUCCUUCUUCGAGCUAGCCGAGUACAACUGGAUGCCGCGGCAGUCCCCGCCAUCUAACCCCGAGCCGAGCACUUACGUGUUCGAGAUGAUCACCUUCCUCACUGCGUACGUCGACUCGGUGCUUAUCGGAUUGGACGAUGGCACAAAGGCGCGGGCGUAUGAAAAGGCGCUGCAGCGCAUCAACCAGUUCCUCAUGGAAACCCUCACUAGUACGGAGGUACGGAUGUACAACGAGGCGGCCCUCAUGUACGUUCGAGCGGACGUACUCUUUAUCGAGACGGAGAUUCAGAGACUCGGCAAGGCGGGGCUGGACCGCGUCUUCGACGAGGUCAAAAACACAAUCAACAUUGUGCUCUCGGACGCAGUGUCAGCAUUCAUGGAACCGAGCGUCCGGCAGCUCUCGUACGGCUCUGUGCGCCCUGCGCGUCUCUCGGCCGUGCUAACUAGGCUUGCGGCGGGCGUCAGUGUUUCUGGGCAGAUGAACAAGGCUGAACGACUUCGUGUCGAGGCCAACAGCGUAGCGAUGUUGCGUUAGAGAAUUGUUGUAUAUGCAUUCUGUCACCGUGG